AAUAUUGAAAUAGCAGUGUAUUUGCCGAUUGUUUGCGGUGAUUGACUGUUGGGAUAUGUGACAACUAUUGCUGUACUAUUGCUGGCUUCUGUUGUCCGGACCUUGCCUGUUCCCACCGCUGACUGUUUUGUGCUUCCAACCGUAUAUGGAGAAAAACAUUGAUCAAAACUGAAUACUGUCUACCUACCGAACAUGUGCUUCUGAUUGAAUCCUAUUGAACUACGAAAGAGUUGAACAGGGAACUAAGUUUUUUGUGAAUGAAAGCCGACAACGAACUUACUACUGUAAAUUUCUGUGGCUCUACUAUGAUCCAUCCAAACCCUCAGCAUUCUGCUUUAGUUAAUGCAAUGACGUCACUGUACGGACCUCACAUGCACCCCUCCAUCUCCCCACCGGAGGCCGCACCCUCACAGACUAACACCUCACCCACGGGAUCAUCCUCAUCGUUCCGUAUAGAUGACAUUUUAAGAACAUCGCCAAAUUCUUCAUCGAGUGCUUCCAAUUCUUUCAGUGGACUUGCAAAACCGACCCCCAUAAACCCGGCGGCCCUGCACGCCUCUGGGGUGCUGACCGCCCCCUCCCUGUACAAACCGAUGUCGAUGUACGACCACCCUAUGCUCCCCCAGUCCCCCUAUCUCCCUUCCCAUAUGUCUUAUACCAACGCUUUCAUGAGCCACAUGUACCCUAUGCCAUACAUGAGACCAGAAUAUGCACUCCUAGACAGACAUCAUGCAUUUUCAAAAGUAGUACCGAAACCGUUUUUAUGGAACCAUUUCAUGCAGCGUCCUCUACAUAAGAGAAAGGGAGGGCAAGUUAGGUUCUCCAAUGACCAAACAGUGGAACUUGAGAAAAAGUUCGAAUCCCACAAAUACCUGUCCCCGCCAGAGAGAAAGCGACUGGCAAAGACUCUGCAAUUAACCGAAAGACAGGUGAAAACGUGGUUCCAAAACAGACGUGCAAAAUGGAGAAGACUUAAGCAGGAAUCUCCAACUGGAGAGAAACAGGGUGAAUCUGCGGAAGACAAAACCGGAAGUGACGUCGCCGAAGAUUCCGAGGAAAGAAACAGAUGUACCACGGACGAGGAAGAUUUUGAUAUGGAGGACAGUGAUGAUGAAAUAGAUGUGGAAAACGAAACGACGGAGAAAUAAGGAAAUGUGUUCGUACCGAAUGGUCUGUACAUUAAAUCACAAUGCGACGGAGACGCUUUGCUAAAUAAACUAAACUGGUUCAGGAACAACGAAUGACAAUACGUAAAUGGAGCUGUCCAAUGUGGAAAUCCCUCUGUUUCUUUUAAAAGGAAGUUUUUUUGUGCGCAUGCGUGAGAUACUUUGUUUUAAUAAGAUUACGAAUGCGUGUACAAGUAUGGCGAAUUGAAUGGUGCAAUUUUCACUGACUUUAUUUAUUUUGGUUUCUGGUCUUCCCCUGUUUCAUGUCUUUGUCAAUCUAUGCAAUAAACAAUUAAAGAAGAUCUUGGAACUGGUGGAAAUGUGCAUGUUGAUAAUAAAAUGUCUUUACAUAA